CUUCUCUGUUUAUAUUUUUUUUAUUUUAUGGGUAUUCAUGGUUUAUCUACCUUUGUACAGAACAACCCCUCUUUAGGUGUUCAAAAAACAUGGUAUCUCAAUAAUGCUGAAAAGAAUAAUGAUCAUCUUAUAGUGGACGGCAAUGCUUUUGUAUAUCAUUAUGCUUAUCUUCAUCGUCAACAUUGGACACACGGUGGACAGUAUGAAUAUAUGGCUAAUGUUAUUCGACGUAUUAUAUCGAUUUGGAAACAAGCAGGUUUUACUUUGACAUUUCUAUUUGACGGAGCACUCCCUUAUGAUAAACAAGAAACACGGAUCAAAAGGUACAGAGAUUAUGUUGACCGAUCUGUUUUGACCAUGAACUGUUUAUCGCACAUCAACAAUGCCAACAAAGUACACUUAAGAUUAUUUACUCUGGAAGGACCUCAGUACAGCAGCGACCUUUAUGUUAUUCCACCCUUGACCAUCGAAGUCUGUAUGCAAACUCUUCGUGAACUUGAUGUUUCUGUUCUCACUUGUAUGGAAGAAGCAGAUGGUGUAGCGACGCAAUUGGCUCAAGAAACUCAAGGUUAUGUUGUUUCCAAGGAUUCUGAUAUGCACAUUUAUCCCGACUGUGGUAAAGGCUAUAUUCCCUUAGACUCUUUGGAGAUUUCUAGUUUAUACACCAAUGAUCAACACCAUGAUGAUGAUGAUGACCAUGAUAUUCCUUUGAUUAUAUCAGCUACAAUCUAUCAACCGAAAGUUUUAGCAAAUCUCCUUGGAUUGGAACUGAAGAUGCUACCUCUUUUUGGAACCUUAUUGGGUAAUGAUUAUUUAGAUAUACAGGUGAUCAAGUACCCUAUCAUGACCUGGUGUUCAAAGAAUGUUGGAUGGAACAAACAAAACACUAUUUCUCAUUGGAUAAAGAAUGUUGCCGAAUUUAUACGACAAAUGAAUCAUAUGUCUGAAUCUUCCUCUUCUAUCAUCUCUACGAUUAUGUCUCAACUGAAACCUAUCAUUUUGGAAAGUGGUAUGUCAAAGAAGAAUCAAAUAGUAAAUACUCUGGAGGAUAUGAUUUUGGCUUCUGUGAAACGAUACGAUCCUCAACAUUCAUUAUUGACAUCUUCACAGCAACAAAUUGAUAUUUCCUCCAUUCACAUUGCACCAAAACAAUACAGUCGACAAAUUCUGGAUUUAUCUAUCACACAUUCUUUCUGGGCUGGUGUCUUUUUGGAAGAUGUACAACAAUUAUCAAGCUGGUAUUUGAGUCGUUCUUUACGGCAGGCUAUGUAUGGAUGGAUGAAUAUGGACAAGAUCAACGAAUAUGUACGUGAAAAGCAACAUUUGGCUUGCGACACUGUAUCCGUAAGAACUAUCGACCAUGAUCAUGAUCAACAACAACUUUUACAUUUAUUUUUACAUCAUCAUCAUGUCAGUCCUACGAUGAAAAUGUGGAUGGAUUCCAAAAUUGCCAAACCUCUUCACCCUCUUGUGAUUUGUUUACGUUAUUUUGUUCAAGAGUCAUUGAAUACUGGACAACCUCUUGCCAAUCAUGAAGUUGUGGCUCUUCUUGUAGCAAGUAUGGUAGAUCUGGUACCAACAACUUUACCUGACGAAUUCUCCAGAGCAGAUGGACCGACAGAUUUGAUUUUAUUAUCAUCUUAUUAUAGAGACACCAAUCAACAACGACAACAACAACAAAAAGAAGAUGGAAUCAAAAUACCACCUUUGAGAAAACGAUCUAUUCAACUAUCAACUCAAUGGCAGCAUACUCUUCUCAGUUCGCAUUUCUUAGCUCAGGUAUUGUUAUACAACGACAGCAACUUUGAUCAACAUUUCAAUCAAACAGGUGUAUUGGCAACUUUGUACAAUGGUUUAGUAGUACAUACUUGCUUACAAAUGGGUCGAUUAGGUGCUAGCAUGGGAAGAAUGAUGUUGGGUGCUUCCACCAAAUGGAUGUAUCUAUUUGGCACUCUCUACGAUAUGAUCACCUCACUUGAAGGAGGACAAUCGGAACUCCAAGUGGAAAAGGUAUUUGAUUACAAGUUUGCAAAAGUGGCUUCUCUUAUGGAAAUGGAACAACGAAAGGCAACGAUCUCAUGGAUGAAAUCUCGGAUACUGAAAAAAUUGGAUGAUCAACGUCAAGAACGAAGAACAGUAAACAAGAAUAAUGGUAGCAACAACAAUAGCUACAAACGAAUGACAGGGAAAACAAUAGGGAGUAGUGGUGGAUUUGAAUCAAAAGACAAUGCCUUCAAUGUACUUAGUUUUGGAUGUCAAUUCGAUGAAUAGAUAUUAGAUUUAGAAUUAAUAUUAUUUGUAUAUCUUCUUGUAUAUUGUAAAUAAACAGUUUUUUUUUUUUUU